UCCAAGCUUCAUUUUUAAAUAAACGUAAAACAAUGGCAAAGUUUAGGGUAAAAAAGCAAAAAGGAGAUCACAGCGACGAAUCUGGCAAGAAAAAGUUCAAGUCUAAAGGUAAUAAUAAAAAAAAUCAAAAAAACUUCAAAAGCAAGCCUAAAGGUAAAACUGCAUCCAAAAAUAAAAAUGCAUCAAAAAACAAAAUGGCAAAUAAAGGCUCAAAUAAGAGUGCACCUACCAACAAAAAUACAUCUCAGAAUCCAAGUGUACCUGUCAAGAAAGAAGAAAAAGAAAAUAACGUAAUGUUCCAAAAAUCUCAUGCUGUAAAAAGUAAAAGUAAAUUCAACAAAUUUAAAGCUGCAAAGACAUCCAUACCAAGUAAACCAAACAUGGACUUGAAAAGAUUUAAAAAAAGUGAAAGUGUAAAAGAAGACACCACGGGAGAAAAGCCCAACUGGCCUGAGUACAAGAAGCAGUGUAAAGAGAUGAGGGAAAUGCGAAGAGCGAAAAAAUUUGAAGGUACAUAUGAUAUGGCAGUGGAAGCAAAGAAAUUAGGAGAAAAAUUAAGGAAUCGAAACUUGAAUAAAGAGGCACAAGAAAAGCUGACUAAAAAUUUUCAUGAUUUGGUACAAAAUCAGUAUGAAAAAUUGAUAUACACUCAUGAUGGGGCCAGAGUAAUUCAAUGGCACCUAAAGUAUUGCAACCCUGAUAUUCAGCUGGCUAUAGUUAAAGAAUUGCAACCAAAUCUAAAAGCCAUGUUACUGGCAAAAUAUGCUAGAAAUGUGAUAAAAACAUUGCUGAGAGUAGGAUCUGACAGUGUCAAAAAAUUAAUCUUGGAAGCUUGUUACGGUAAUGUUGUAAAAUUGUUGAACAGCGUUUUACCUUCUGGCAUAAUAGAGAAAAUUUAUGUCGAAGUUGCUUCUGAAGCUGAAAAAUGCUUGUUGAGGCAAGAAUUUUAUAUGGACAUCUACAAAAAUUCUAAGGAUCCGAAUAUUAAAUGCCUAACAGAUGUCUACAAGAAUGCAGAGAGCAUGAAGUCGAUCACUUUUUCUACAGUCAAAAGUAAUUUGAUUAAAAUCCUCAAUAAGAAUCUAAUCAACUCAACGCUCGUUCACACUGUAAUGUACGAGUUCUUGACCAAUUGCUCCAAAGAGGACAAAGAUGAAAUACUCGCACUGGCCAGACCUUUGGUUGCAGAGCUUUCACAAACCAAAGAUGGAACCUUGACUGCUAACAUGAGUAUUUGGUCCGCAACCAACAAAGAGAGAAAGCAGAUCAUGAAAUCUCUCAAGGAGCACGUGACAAAGAUCGCAACGUCGGAGCACGGCUUCUUGAUGAUUUUGUGUCUUCUAGAUACCAUAGACGACACGGUCCUUUUGAAAAAAAUCAUACUGCAGGAGAUACUCAACAACUUGAACGAAAUCGUUGUUUCCGAAUUCGGUAGACGGGUUAUUCUUUAUCUCGUUGCUAGAAGAGAUACGCAUUACUUUCACCCUGCCUUGAUCGAAUCCUUAAAGAUGGGCGAUGGCAACGAGACAAGCAAAAAGCCAGCGGAUCUUCGACAGAAGGAAAUCUUUGACAACGUGAUCGACCACCUAUUACAAAGCAUAUCAUCGGACGUUAAGAUGUGGUUGAAUAAUGGACCCAUUCAAAUUGUCACUCUCGCUAUUUUGAAUGCCUGCAGUGGUGACAAACCAGAAGCAGCGUUCGAAGCUGUUACACACUUUAUAUGCGAUCCCGAAUCUAAGCUACAAAAAGACGACAAGUCCGUCAUAGCUAUUGAAGAUGCAGGACUGCACAUGAUCCUAAAGAAACUUAUACAGAUGGAUGCCAAGCGCUGCGCAAACAACGAGCUCACUUUUGGUGAAGUACUUGUUCAAUAUUGGACUGACAAAGCCAUUAAACACUGGAUUAAAUUCAACAGAGGCUGUUUCUUGCUUGUACUGUUGAUAGAAAAUGAGCCAGAAGAUGUUGUUUCCAAAGUAAAGUCGAUGCUGAAGAAGCAGCAGAUUAGUGAAAGUAUGGGCAAAGGGGCAUCGAUAUUGUUAAAAAAGCUGGAGUCCCAGUAAAUUUUUUAUCUAAUCAAUUCAGUGAUUGUUGUUUUCAUCUUAAGGAUUAAAUUUGUAUAACUCAGCGAUUUUUCCAGCACAACUCAUUGUAUUAUUAUUUUCAAGUGUAAAUACAAUUUGAAUUUUAU